GCUGUGAUGCUCCCUGACUGAUCAUGUUAUAACUCUACCUGGAAUCCAAAGGCUGCAUUUCCAGUUGAAGAGCUGUCACCAGCAUGGAGACUCCAAAGGACGAAGCUGUUCAGAUCAAGGGAGCAUCAGCCUCUAGAGAUGCCCAAGACCAGGGAGCUGAAAAGGGAGCCAAGAACAAGACACCUGAGACAACAGAAGGACCAGCCUCAGAGCCACCCUUAUCAGGCCCAGGUAGGCUGAAGAAAACUGCCAUGAAACUCUUUGGUGGCAAGAAGGGAAUCUGUACUCUGCCUAGUUUCUUUGGGGGAGGACGAAGCAAAGGUUCUGGGAAAGGCAGCUCUAAGAAGGGUCUCAACAAGAGUAAGACCCACGAUGGCCUUAGUGAAACAGUUCAUGGCCCUGAAGAUGUUGUCAUCGAAGAAACAGGCCUCUCUGUACCUUUGUCCAAGUCCCCUCAAUUUCCUAGCUCCCAGAGUGCCCAUGGAGCUUUGGAGAUAGGCUCUAAACAUAAGACAUCUGGGACUGAAGCCACAGAGAAAGCUGGAGUUGAAAAGGUACCCUCUGUGCAGAAGCCUAAGAAAGGUCUAAAAGGCUUUUUUAGCAGCAUCCGCCGUCACCGCAAGAGCAAGGUUUCUGGGGCUGAUCAAAAUGGGCUAGGGGCAAAGGAACUUGAGGGGGCCAGAACCAGGUCUCAUGAGCAUGUGAGUUCAACCUCUCUGCCCAGCUCUGAGGAGAUAUUCCAAGCUGCUAGAAAGGAAAAUGCCCAACCCCAGCAUACUCCUGAACCAAAAAUUUCUCCAGCACUAGAACAUUUUUCACCAACUACUGAGAAGACAGCCUGUAAAAAUCCAGAAAAACUCAUGAAGACCCGUGCCUCAGAGUUCAUACAGUCCAAGCCUACUCCUGAAGCUAGUAGCCUUGAGGAGCCCCACACUUCAGAAACAGAAGAAAAGGUGGUGACUGGAGAGGUAAACCCACCCAGUGGCCCUGGUGGGGAUCAGCUAAGCCUCCUGUUUGGGGAUGUCACAUCCCUAAAAAGCUUUGACUCACUGACAGGUUGUGGGGACAUUAUAGCAGAACAAGAUAUGGACAGCAUGACAGAUAGCAUGGCCUCUGGUGGCCAGAGGGCCAACCGAGAUGGGACCAAGCGAAGUUCCUGCUUGGUGACCUACCAAGGAGGUGGGGAGGAGAUGGCCUUGCCAGAUGAUGAUGACAAUGAGGAAGAAGAGGAUGAGGAGGUAGAAUUAGAGGAUGAGGAAGAGGAGGUCAAAGAUGGGGAGGAAGAUGGUGACUUAGAGUAUCUCUGGGCAAAUGCCCAGAUGUACCCAAGAUCUAAUCUGAACCUGGGCUACCAUACUGCUACAUCCCCCAGCCACCAGGGCUACAUGCUCGUUGAUCCAGUUCAGUCUUAUCCUAGCCUAGGCCCUGGAGAACUUUUGACUCCUCAGAGUGACCAGCAAGAGUCUGCUCCCAAUAGUGAUGAAGGUUAUUACGACUCUACCACACCAGGGUUUGAGGAUGAUUCAGGUGAGGCUCUGGGGCUUGUCCAUAGGGAUUGUCUACCCAGAGACAGCUAUAGUGGUGAUGCCCUAUAUGAAUUCUAUGAGCCAGAUGACAGUGUUGAGAACUCCCCACCUGGGGAUGACUGCCUUUAUGACCUCCGUGGUCGCAGCUCCGAGAUGUUUGGUUCUUUCUUGAAUUUCGAACCCUUUUCUUCCCGGCCACCUGGAGCAAUGGAAACAGAGGAAGAACGGCUAGUGACCAUCCAGAAACAGUUACUAUACUGGGAGCUUCGCCGGGAGCAACUUGAGGCUCAAGAGGCGUGUGCUAGAGAGGCUCAUGCCAGGGAAGCCUAUGCUCGAGAUACCCACACUCGGGAAUCUUACGGCAGAGAUGUCCGAACCCGAGAAGCCAAGGCCCGAGAGGUUCAUGCUCAAGAGGGUAGAGUCCGAGAGACCCAGGUCAGGCAUGAGAAGCCUGUCUUGGAGUAUCAGAUGAGGCCCUUAGGCCCAUCAGUGAUGGGCCUCGUGGCAGGGAAUUCAGGAGCUUCUCAGACUUCCCACCGGGGAACCACCUCAGCUUUCCCUGCCACUUCUAGCAGUGAACCAGACUGGCGGGACUUCCGCCCUCUGGAGAAGCGUUUUGAGGGCACUUGCUCCAAGAAAGAUCAAAGUACGUGUUUGAUGCAGCUCUUCCAGAGUGAUGCCAUGUUUGAGCCAGACAUGCAAGAAGCAAAUUUUGGAGGCUCUCCCAGGAGGGCCUACCCUAGUUACUCACCCCCUGAGGAGCCAGAGGAAGAAGAAGAUGAGAAGGAAGGGAAUGCCACUGUGAGUUUCUCACAGGCCUUAGUAGAGUUUACCAGCAAUGGAAACCUUUUCUCCAGCAUGUCCUGCAGCUCUGAUUCUGACUCAUCCUUCACUCAAAACCUCCCUGAGCUGCCCCCGAUGGUCACCUUUGACAUUGCUGAUGUGGAACGGGAUGGAGAAGGCAAGUGUGAAGAGAAUCCUGAGUUCCACAAUGACGACCUCACAGCCUCCUUGGAAGCUUUUGAGCUGGGUUAUUACCACAAACAUGCCUUCAACAGCUAUCAUAGUCGAUUCUACCAAGGCCUGCCCUGGGGUGUUAGCAGCCUCCCUCGAUACUUGGGGCUCCCUGGCAUACACCCCCGACCUCCACCUGCUGCAAUGGCACUCAAUAGGAGAAGCCGUUCCCUUGACAAUGCAGAGACCCUAGAACUGGAGCUCUCCAGUUCUCACCUAGCCCAGGGUUACUUGGAGUCUGAUGAGCUACAGCCCCACCAGGAAGAUUCAGAUGAAGAAGGCGAAGAAGAGGAAGGAGAAUGGGGCCGAGACAGUCCCUUGUCCCUCUACACUGAACCUCCAGGGGCCUAUGACUGGCCUACCUGGGCUCACUGUCCUCUUCCAUUGGAGCCAGACCCUGCUUGGAUAAGCCCCAGUCAGUUGGAUGAGCCUUUCAAUCAGUCUUCAUAUGGGCAGGCACCCUGUUGCGUACCUCCUGUGGCAAUGGCAAUGUCAGUGCCAGGGCUCCCAAGGGCACCUGGAGACUCUCUGUCUCAGCUAGCUCGACCUUCACACCUACCCCUGCCCAUGGGUCCUUGCUAUAACCUACAAUCGCAGGCCUCCCAAAGUGUGAGGGCCAGGCCUCGGGAUGUACUGAUGCCCGUAGAUGAGCCCAGUUGCACCUCCAUUUCUGGAGCCAACUCUCUGUCUCAAGCCAAGCCUGUAGGCAUCACCCAUGGUAUCCCUCAGCUGCCCAGGGUGCGGCCUGAACCCCUUCAGCUCCAACCCAGUCACUACAGAGCUUCCAACCUUGACCUGUCGAAGGAGAGGGGCGAGCAAGGUGCCUCUUUCUCUACCAGCUACUCCACUGCCAUGAAUGGAAACCUAGCCAAGUAGUUAUCAAUUCCAGAGUGGAGACCUGAGCAUGUGAAUGGGGGUCAGGGGUUGGGCAGAGGGUUGGGGGUGGGGGUUGCUCUUUAACUUGAAAAUCCCGUUGGCCAAGAUAAACUCUUCUGAGUUUUCACUUUGUUUUCCCACCUCCCUCUGCCAUCUUUGGCCAGGUUCAGCCCAAGUACAUCUGCUUAGGGAAGCUGCUGCUUCUGUGCUCUGGUUUUUGCUUUGGGGUUUCUUCUGACCUAUAUAGGGCUUGAGAUGCAUCCUUAUUGCAGGCUGAACCCCUCUUCUCUGGUCCCUUGUUGACAAAUGAACCACUGAUGAGCAGCCAAUUUUUGCACUGACUCUCACCCAGAGAUGGGAGGCUUUCUGGCUAUUAGCAAUAUAAAGUUAUGGUACAUAUCCUUCCUAACCCUCUUUCCAUCACAUCAAAUGACUAUAACCUAUCUAUUCCAGUUAGUUAUGUUUAGAGUGGAUCAAGUAGCAUGUGUCUCGCUCCCUAUUGCUGUGGACUUUGGUAUUACAGCUAGAUGAUGUCCUUUUAACCUGGCCUGACAUAGUCUAGAUUGAAGACAAAAACACUAAUCCCCAUAAUGGAGUGAAUAAAUCUGUCUAUAUUCAAGCAGAAUACAAAGACAGAUAGAUGGUGGAAACUGCUGUGGGGUCUUGAGCUGUGGAACGCUUUCUUGUUUGUUUUUUAAGCCUGUGGCUGUUGCAGGCACUUUAGAACCUUCCCCCUUUUUCCUGUAAUUGAAAUUUUCAUAAUCUCAUCACCAGGAAUGUAAUCUCUUAAUUGAGAUCAGGGAAGAGAAGCCACCUAAAUUGGGCUUGACUAUAGGGCAUUGGGUUUUGUGGGAUGAAAAGGGGGAAAACAGAACGGGAGAUCCAUUUAUCCCAGACACCAAGAAGGGAUCUCAGACUUUGGAGACUGAAGCAACUCAGCUUAGGAGGGGAAAGAUUUUCCUACCCUUCUUCUCAAACCAAAAAAGUUCCUUAAUCCUUGCCCACCCCUUUGGGAAGUGGUUCCAAGCUUACAUUUCCAAGACAGGAUGCUAAAGGCAUCUCACCUGUUGUUGUGGGCACUCUAAAAAGCUUUCAUCUCCUAAUUAGCCAAGUUCUUAGUAUUGUCAAAGGACCAGGCUUCUCGAGAGGAAAGACUGUAAAUGUGCCCUUGCUCUGCCAAGCUGCAGGACUGAUUUGCAUGGCAGUUGCAAUCCUUUCUGAAAUGAACAGCACCCUCCCUUCUCUUGUAUCCAUGCAGAUUUCUUUCUUUCUUUUUCUUUUUUUUUGGG